CUCUCUCUCUCUCUCUCUCUCUCUCUCUCUCUCUCUCUAAAUAUUACAAUUAAUGAGCAAAGAAAUAAUCAGAAUAAAAAAAUAUACAUACGUUUCUGCUGCUCGCCAUUUUAAAAAAGUUUUUAUCUCCAUUUUUUUUUUGUGAACACAGCAACACAGGUGAAUAAACCUAAAAAAAUUAUAUUUUUAAUUAAUUUUGGGGUAACCUUUUAAAUAACUGAAAUUUCUAUUUCUGAAAUGUUUGUGUUUGUAAAAUUUUAGUUCAAUGUUUUGGAUAUGUACUGUUAUUUUAAUCAAAACGAAUAAAGGCUCAAUGCCGCACAUCUACACAGGCUAAAUUCUCCCAGAGUUACCACAAGGACCAAUUUGGUGUGCCACCCCAAAAAUGUCUUUGGCCCCAUCUGGCCCCCCUAUCAAAAUUUUCUGGAGGCACCCCUGGAUCAGAGGGCUUAAAGCGAGAACAGAAUCUGAGCAUGAAAACAACAACAAUGCUCUCAAAUCCACAAAAUAUGCUCUUAAUUGAAGGCAGGGUAUAAAUGUGUUACAUUAUCCUUAAACUGAACUUUUUACUAACUCUUCAAAAGUAGCUGCUGCGCCUCUGAGGUGACCCUUGCAUCUGAUUGGCUCUUUCCUGGAAGCCUGCAGCAGGUCGGCACACGGGACUGUGAGCUUAAUCAGCGUGUUUCUACGCUUGUUUUGAGUUUAGGAUGAAACUUCUAAACUGUUGCAGCUGUACAUUGUUUUCUCAAAGGAAGAAUGUGAAUAAAUUAGCUGUAGCAACGGCAGCAUCACCAGCUAAAGAGCAGCUCAGCAGCCACGUGUGCUGCUGUGUUCAUUCAGUCGCUAAAACACUGACUUCUAUGCCAGAAGAAAACGUUUCGUUGUAGCCCGUUUCUGAAAAGCUAUGCUAACACUGAUGCAAGCAAACACUGGAUUAACUGAUGCCGUCUCACUUCAGAUCAAUACUAAGCAUUUUUCUUCCUAUGCACUGCACUGUUCUAGAUCAGCGUCUGUUCUUGUGAAGCCGUUUGGUUGUUUUCAGCUAACAGAUGCACUUUUCCUUCUGCUUUGCCUUCAUCCUCCAAGAGGAUCGGUCUUUAAAUGCAGACCUGAGCUGUUCAUUUUUUUUAUUUAUAUGUAAAUAUUGUGUUUUCCUUAUGUAAAGCAUCAGCUGGCCUUGAAGGACUUUUUCACAGCAAUGCACUCCAUCCUUCCCUUUUGUUGCUGUUUCUAUGAUGUUUAAUAGAUGUAAAAAGUAAUAAAUUCAUGAGAAACUUCUGAGCAUGUUUGGCUUCAGUUUGUUGGACUAAAUGAAUUCAGAUUCUUGUGUUUUAAUAAACAGGAAACUCAGAUUUACUGUAUCUAUGAUUUCAUUAAUGCGGUAAUGUCACAAAGCAAUCAUGUUUUCAUAACAUUAGAGAACAUUCUGACCUGAAUUUGUUCUGAUGCUGAAUAUAUAUUUGUUUUUUAUCCUCCCUGUCAUGAAAUAAUGGAUUAAAGAUAAUUAUAGCUGACUUAAUCAAAUGUGUGCAAACAAAGCAUUAAAACACCCUCAGAAUAAUCUUUUAUCAUACCUGUUGGGCUGCAUUAUCGUAUAUCUACAUUCAUCUGGUCAUAUUUCACUUCUGUUCCGGUUUUUAUCAGUGACAAGUGUCGAAGAGCUUAUGACCUUUCUGAGAGAAAAUGAGCAUAUUUAUGAGACGUGUUUAGCUGUGAGGGGGAUUUAAAACUAACAAACUAGUGUAAUUAAUCUGGGUCCUGUCUGAUGGGUUUAAAAAGGAAGCAAAAGAAAACAAAACUCCAGAAAUAGUUAAAAAAUAAAAUAUAUCUUAUAACCAAGUUCAAGCUGCAGAAAAAUAACAGACCAUUGUUGUUUGAAAAAUGCAACAAACGCUGUUGCCUAGCAGACCGAAAGGGCAGAGCCACUAACAAAUACUCACACAGGCUCACAACGACAUUGUGACAUCAUAUGGUACCAGCUAACAACGGCACAACACUGACAGUUUUAGGCAGAAAAUUAAAAAUGCACCAAAGUGCAGAACUAUUGACUACAUGUGUCUGCAGCACGAUUAGACACGCAUUCAUAUAGUUUAUCAGAAAAAAAGUUGAUUUGGGGGGUGACUUGCUCUUUAAUUUGUAAUGCAUGUUUUACAGUCUCAAACUGCUAAACAACCAUAAAAAUCAUAAAGCCUUCAUAAAAAAACAUGACAUCAGCUACAAAGUCCUAAAACCAUAAAGCAAGUAAAGUCAGUUAGAAAGAUCUGGAAGAGAGGAGUGUCAGUGGCGCCCUCUAAUGGGCAAGAAGUAAAAUAGGUUUCAAGGAUUAACAAUAAACGUGUUAAUUUAACGUAAUUCCUGGUCCUGUCUGCUUUCACAGAAAUAGUUUUUACAUCCUCCUAAUUUUCAGAAAAGCAGAAAGAAGUUUCAGUUUUUAGUUAAAACAGAAAAUUAUAAUUAUAAUAUAUCUUUUUGAGGAUGCCUAUUCACUGUAAUUGUGCUUCCAGUUCUUUUUAACUUGUUGGUGCUGUAUUGUGCUCUGCUGCUAUGUUUUAUGUUAUUGUCUUUUCUGCAAAUGUCUGCGUUUGUACGGUGACCUUGAGCGACAGAAAGGCGCCUUAAAUCAAAUGUAUUAUUAUUGUUAUUAGUUGUAUAAUGUUGUAAACCAUAAAAUAAGUUAAAGACCAAUUCAGGAAGAGAACUUGCUUUGUUUUGUUCAUAUUUUGUGCUUUAAUCCAGACAAAGUCACUCAGAUCGUGAGUAAAGGAUGGUUUAAAUGCUAAAAACAAAUCUACUCUUUGUGAGUGAAACCAAAACUUAAGGAAUGAAAACAGAAGGAAAAGGUGAACAGUCUACUGGGAGGUAAGCAUGCCAAGAAUUAAAAACACAAAAGAAAUCUGAUGCCUUAAAAGAAACUAUAGGAGGACAACUAAAGGCACUGAGGGGUGGCACGGGUUACUAAACCAGCCAAAACCCACAGAACUUCAGAUAUUUAAUGAGCUUAUGUUGGAGCUGAAACCUGACAGCUGAGACUGUCCUCGUGCCUCAGGGCUGCAUGCAUUAUUUACUCAUCAACUGAGUAACAUGAUAUCCGUCUCACCAAUCAGUCAGUGAGACAGGCCAGGUGAGGGAGGAAAGAAUAACACAGGUGUUUGUUCUCCACCAGAAAGUCCCUGAACAGGACAUCAACGCUCGACACGUGAUGUAUUUACAUGAACUUUUCUCCAUACAUGAUCACUGCUGAGGCUGCAGCUGAACACAUGCAGAGGGAUGUGGGACUGAUCUGAAUCUAUGUGAAAUGACGCUGCUGGUUGUUGGGAGUCGGCUCGGCUGAGGUGCGGCAUUUCAGGCGUGGACGAUGAACUGGGGCUUCCUGGAGAACAUCCUCAGUGGGGUGAACAAGUAUUCCACUGUGAUAGGACGCAUCUGGCUCUCGGUGGUUUUCGUGUUCAGGAUCCUGGUGUACGUUGCUGCUGCCGAGCAGGUGUGGAAGGAUGAACAGAAGGAUUUUAUCUGCAACACAGAGCAACCCGGCUGUGAGAACGUCUGCUUUGACCACUUCUUCCCCAUCUCUCAGGUGCGUCUGUGGGCCCUGCAGCUGAUCAUGGUGUCCACACCCUCACUGUUGGUGGCGCUGCAUGUGGCCUACAGGGAGCACCGAGAGGCCAAACACAAGCGGAGACUCUACGAGGACAAAAAGAACAUCGAUGGAGGCCUUUUCUGCACCUACACCAUCAGCCUGAUCUGUAAGACUGGCUUUGAAGUGGGCUCCCUGCUGGCAUUUUACUUCCUGUUUAAUGGCUUUGACGUGCCCAUUCUGCUGCAGUGCAGCCAGAGUCCCUGCCCCAACACAGUGGACUGUUACAUCGCCCGAGCUACGGAGAAGAAAAUCUUCCUCUACAUCAUGGGCUGCACCUCCAUGCUGUGCAUCGUUCUGAACAUCGUGGAGUUCAUGUACAUCAUGUGGAUGCGAAUUUGUAAAUGCUUCAGUAAGCACUACGUCCCUGUGGAGGAGAAGCCCUACGUCCGCCGCCAGUCACGCCUUUCUCAUGAAAACAUUGUUUCAUCUGAGUUGGCAGCAAACACAAAGGUCUGCAACACGGAGCCUAGAGCUGCGGGUGAGAAACCUGCCUGUUCGGUCUCAGAGGGCAGCGACCAAUCAGGAGCUCCCGUCUCAAAGUGAAACCACAAUUUGUUUUUUCCAGGAAUUCGUUUGACUGCUUCAUGGAAACAUCCUGCAGAAAAACACAUAUGAGGACAUUUUCAGAGUUAUCCUGAAGAUGCAAUGUGGAUAAAUCAUGAGGAAACUUCUGUUCACCAAAAAAGAUGCAAACUUUAGUCAAAUUAGCCUCUUUUUCAUAUUCAGCUUCCUGCUGUUGGCCUAAAAAAACCAGAACAAUAACAGGUUUUCCAACUGUGAAGGGAUAAAAAUACAAGUUUUUAUCUAAAGCUGUGUGUCUUUAUUGUAGAUGAACCAUUCAGUGACUCCCACAGCAUUUUAUAUUAAAUGUAGUCUGGCCGUGAAUGUGAACAUUAGUUAGUAAAUGGAUGGUUCUGUUAUAAAGUUAUUUUGUUUUUAGUCCAUCCAUCCAUCCAUUGUCUAAACCCGCGUGUCCACGUAGGGUUGUGGGUUGGGCCGGUGUCUAUCUCGAGUGGUCAAUGGGCAAUCAGGCGGGGUACGCCCUGGACAGAGAGCCGGUCCAUCGCAGUUUGUUUUUAGUCAAAACACUGAAAUAUUCCCGACUGGCUGUGCGCUCCGCUGAACACAAAGUGUGUUAAAUAAAAACUUUGCAUAAAUGCAGUUUAUUUUUAUGUGAAAGGAACAUUAAAGAGCAAGUCACCCCCAAAUCAACUUUUUUGUUUCCUGAUAAACUAUAUAAACGCGUGUCUAAUCGUGCUGCAGACACGUGUAGUCAAUAGUUUAGCACUCCAGUGUAUUUUAGUAAAAAUUUUAAUUUUCUGCCUAAAACUGUCAGUGUUGUGCCGUUGUCAGGUAAAAACUCUGCACUGCUUUUGAAUUUAAAUCUGCCAUCGCUAUUGGCUAAG